UCUUUGUUUAUGUCAAAUCUUUAUUGAUUUGGUCGAAAUCGUUUGUAAAACAUUUUUCAAUUCAGGAUAACCAGAUUACAUAGAAAUUCCUCACAAUGAAUAACCAACCGACAAUUUACGGAAUCCAGAGUACGGCUGGUGCCAUUCCAAUACGGAAUACGAAAGGUGAACUGUCUAUGCAAAAAGUAAAAGUCCAUCGAUACGUGUCGGGAAAACGUCCGGAAUAUGCCCAAUACGCUAGUAGUGACGAAGAAACCGACGACGAUGAUUUCAUGGAUAAUCGUCGGGCAGCUGCAGCAGAAGAACUGGUCCGAGAGCAGCGACGUCGCGAAGGUUCAGCUGAAGACAAUGAUACACUUCCGGAAGAUAUUGAUGAUCCCAGAAUCCGUCGUUUGCAAGCCAUUCGUGCUGCCGAAUUGGAAGAAAUCGAACGGGAAAGACGUGAGCGGCAUCGGGUGAUUCAUGAACCGGAAUUGGUUCAAUCGGAAGAAGAAAAUGAUGAUCAGCAAGAGGACGAAUCGGUUCCGAAUGAUGAUUCUAGGAUGAUGCACCAGAAGCAACGACAUCGCCCCGAGGAAUCGGAUGACGACGACGAAGAAGAAGAAGACCAGAAUGAGAAUGAUGAAGACACUGGACUGAGAGUUCGACGGCUCUCCGUUGGUUCCGAGUCGGAAUCCGAUACCGAGUUGAGUGACACUGAAAUUGAACGCCGACGACAGAUGCUGAAACUGAAAAUGCUGCAACAGAAAAAGGAAGAAGAAGUACUGCAAAAAGAAGACGAAGGCCAGUCCGAUUCGUCGGAGUCGGAAAGCUCGGAAUACGAAGAAACCGAAAGCGAAGAAGAAAAUGAGCCAAGAUUGAAACCUCUAUUCGUCCGUAAGAAGGAUCGAACUACCGUUAUAGAAAAGGAGAGGGAAGCGAAUAGGCAGAAGCAAUUGGAAUAUGAAGCCAAAAAAUCUGCCAAGGAACGUCGACGUCAAACACUGAAAUUAGUCGAAGACAGCAUAAAAAAAGACAUGGAGAAAAUUAAAACGGAUAACGAGCCGAAUUUGAACGACGUCAACACGGAUGACGAAAAUGAUGAAGUUGAAUAUGAAGCAUGGAAGUUACGUGAACUAAAACGUAUCAAACGAGAUCGCGAGGAGAAGGAAGCAUUGGACAAGGAGAAGAUAGAAAUUGAACGGUUGCGUAACAUGACGGACGAUGAACGUCGCCAGGAGCAACGGCUUAAUCCGAAACUUAUCACAAACAAAACGGUCAAGGGCAAGUACAAAUUUCUUCAGAAAUAUUACCACCGUGGUGCUUUCUAUCUGGACAAUGAGGAUCAAGUGUACAAACAGGAUUUCUCAGCGCCCACGCUGGAAGAUCACUUUGAUAAAACCAUCCUGCCGAAGGUUAUGCAAGUUAAAAACUUUGGACGCUGUGGAAGAACCAAGUACACACAUCUGGUGGAUCAGGAUACAACGAAGUUCGAUUCACCGUGGUUCAACGAUACGGCCAACAAUGUCAAAUUCCACAACGAGCGGGCCGGAGGAAUGCGGCAAGUUUUCGAUAAACCAUCGUUGCACAGAAACAAACGGGACAUGUAAAAUAUUUUUAUUUUUCUCUUAGAAUUAACAUUUUAAAAACAUUUAUCGUAGUAAUAAGAAAUAUAUAUACCAGCAUUCUAUUGGGUUGA